AUGAUUUGUUGCACCGUCAUGCCCGAAUCGACCAGUAAAUCGCCGUUGGCACAGAAAAAGCAUCAAGCUUUGCAUAGUAUUAAGAAGACUUUGGAAGGGUACAGUGACGAAGCGAUUCGAAGAAUGUUGGGUCCCGAAGCGAUUCCUUUGAAUGAAGAAGUGGAGAAUAAAGAGGUGAAGGUUGAUGUGGACACUACUACGACUAGCACGGUAAGAGAAUUUUUUUUAAAUUUAAAAAAAAUUUAAAAUGUUGAAUUUAAAUUUUUUAAAAGUUUUGUUACUUAAAAUCAGAGUAGUGUAAUGUUCUAGCUUAACUAAGGCUAGUCAUUGUUUUGCCUGGACUGUCUUUGAAAUUUCUUUUUAGGCCCAAUCAAGCGAUUUUUGAGGUUUUUCUUAGUCUAUCGCAUUACGGAAAAGUUGUUACUAUGACAGAUAUGACUAAAAUAGUACGGAGCUAAGGCGUUUGUGAUUUACUGUUAUGGCAUAGCAAAGUAAAGUAGAGUAAAGUGAUGUAGAGUAUGUUAAAGUUAAGGCUAUGGCUACGGCUAUUAGGGCUAGGGUUAAAGCUAGGGCUAAAGCUAUAGCUAAACCUACGACUAAAGUUUGGACUAAAGCUAGGGUUAGAGCUGCUACGACUACGAAGGCUAAGGCUAGCACUACUACAGUCAUGGCUACUAAGAAUACUAGGGUUACUGGAGCUACUAGGGCUACUAGGACUAGGGCUGCUAAGACUGUUACAGCUACUAGGGCUAGAGCUAUUGCUGAGGCUACUAGGAAUAGUAGGACCAUGGUUAGGCUACUAGGGCUAUGGCUAAGGCUACUAUGAAAACUUAAGCUACUAGAACUAGGGUUAUAGUUAAAACUUUGGUUGGGUAAAUGUUUAUAAAUAUUUUGUGUUUUUAGACGUCUGCACCUCCAGAAAAUGAAGAAACGAAUUCAUUACGAGGCGUUUUUCGAGUUCGGGCAGAUAUUACGUAAGUUCAUUUUUUUUUAAAACUUUUUCAAAAAAAAUUUUAAAAAUAUUUAAACUACAGUAUUUUUGUGAAAUAAAAACUUUUUUUUGGCUUCUAUUUUAAAGGUGGUGAUUUAGUUUAUUAAACUUGUCUUUUUAGGUCCUCAAGCAGUGCCUUAGAUGAAGACGUUGCUUCACCAAGGCAUCACCGGCAUGCUCGGUAUAGUGAUUGGAGCUCGUUUGGUCAUCACCAUAGACGGAGGAGGAAAGGCAAGUUCAAAAUUUAAGAGUAUGGUAGGGUAGGGUAGGAUAAAAUUUCUUUAAUUUUGCUAAAAAUAGCCGACUACAAUUUUCUAAUGUAGUGAACACAGUUGAGGUCAUUUACACUGUCUCAUCAAAUCAAUUACUUCUCCAAAUUGUCAAUUAACGCCAAUUCAGGGGGGUUUGAACCAGUUUUGUCGCUAAUUCAAAGAAAAAUCGUCUAUUUUUUGUUGAAAAUUCAAAAAAUAGCAUUUUAAAAUGAGGUAAAAUGACAAAACUAAUAAGAAAAAGUAUCAAGAAGUUAUUUUUAAGUUUAUUUCUGUUAUUUUAAGGCUUGAAGCAUAAUGCAAGAAUUUUGACUUUUGGCGGGAUUUUGAAAAUUCAAAAAAAAUAUUUAACGAGUUAAUUAAGCUGUAUAAAAUUGAUUUUCUUAAUAAAAAAUUGUUAUCAUUUAUGUUUUUAUAACAUUUAGACUAGUUUAUGAUAUUUUUUUUAAUUUCGAAAUUUUUAAAUUUAAAAAAAAAAUUUUUUUUUAUUUUGAAAUAUUCUAGGAUGCCCACCAAUGCACGGCAAAGACCAAUUGCUGUGUCCGUCGAGGAAUUCCCAUCGAUAUGACGUUUGCAUUUCGAGGGAACAACUCUGCGAUCAUAUUGUUGAUUGCCCUGAUGGUGAAGAUGAAGACCCGAAACAGUGCUUCUUCUACAAACCGGUAAGCAACUUCUGGACUGUCUAGGCACUACAUGUUUAGAGCUAGAGCUAGAGCUAUAGCUAGAGCUAGAGCUAGAGCUAGAGCUAGAGCUAGAGCUAGAGCUAGAGCUAGGGUUAAAGCUAGGGCUAGACCUAGAGCUAGGGAUAGAGAGAAUGGCUAGUUUUAUCAUUUUUAAAAAUUUCAGCUAGACGACCAACUAAAAACCCUGUCACACGCGGUGUUGUUGCUCGUGGACAAUGUUAUGGCCAAUGGAAACUUGGGUCGAAAUGAACUUUAA